GGACAAUCCCUCAGAUUAGAGCUUGACCCGCAGGAUUUGUUUCAGGAGAUGCACCUGAUUCUACCGGAAACAGUCAGAGCUGAACCAGCCCUGAUGUAGAUUUAUUGUAUCUUCCCACUGGAUCCUUUUAUAAAAUAAUUUUUGUGAUUUCAGGGGUUUUUAUUCAUGCAUGUAAGAAUUUAUUAUCUCCAUGUGAGGCUUUUAUAGAGGUAUCCUGUCCAAGAGAAAAGAGGAGUCGGGUUUAUUACGCAGAUACUCCGACUGAUUUGUUUGCAGAUGAUGUGCUGUUAACAGGAGGAUUUCCGCACAAAGACAGAUUGCGUCCUGACAACCUGCCAGGGACGUCACGGCUUUACUGGAUGAAUUUUGCCGCAAUUUUUGCGUCUUUCUGAUGUAAUGAAAACGGCAGCAGGGCGUCAGCUUCUUUUUCCAUCAGUGGUAAAAUGAGGAAAGCUGUUUUUAAAGAAGCUGCUAAGCGCUUCCCCUGGCUGGCCAACGUUACCCUGUACGGCUGCUUGUUCGCCGGCGGGGACCUGGCGCAUCAGCUGGUCGCGCAGAGGGAGCGCAUUGACUGGAAACACACCCGCAACGUGGCCAUCGUAGCGAUCACUUUCCAGGGAAACUUCAACUACUUCUGGCUGCGCGCUCUGGAGAGAUGUUUCCCUGGAAAAUCCGCAGGGAUGGUUUUCCGCAAACUCCUGCUGGACCAAAGCUUUGCGUCACCUUUGGCCACCAGCGUCUUCUACACAGGUGUGAGCUUCUUGGAAGGUAAGGAGGACAUAUUUGAAGACUGGAGGGAAAAGUUCUUUAACACCUGGAGGACUGGACUCAUGUACUGGCCCUUCAUGCAGUUUCUGAACUUCGCCCUGAUGCCGCUGCACAUGCGCACAGCCUUCAUGGGCUGCUGCGCGUUCCUCUGGGCCUCCUUUCUGUGUUUCUCACGGCAGAACGGGGAUGGCACUGCCACCGUGGCCCUGGCAUUCAUCAUGGACCCCCGGAAAACUCUAGAGGAGAUGCGCGAGGCUCGGUUGGCUCGGAAGAGGCAUAAAAUUCAGAGGGAAAACUGAGGAAAGAAACAAUAAAAGAAGGAAGAUGGAGCUGUUGCCAUGAUGGCCUUUGACAUUCAGUAGAAAAAAAUAACCAGUUGUUUGCUUUUGCUAAAGCAGCAUCCAGAAGCUGAAAGGCAACAGAUUUAAUCAGGACCAUUUCCAUCUGUCUCACACGCACAAAGUUUAACUGAUAUGACCAAGGACUUGAUGCAUGCAAUAACAUGGAGCUUUAUCAGGCAGGAAAAGUCUGAUAAAAGACUUUAAAGUUGCAUCAGCUUCUUGAAACUGUAAGAAGUACCCAUAUAUGGACUGACACAGCCACUGGAAGAUCAAGAAAUAAUGUAACUGUUUAUGCAGUAAAAUUGGUGUCAGGUAGCUAAACAGACCAAAUACAAAUGGCAGUAUUUUGAUACCACAACCUGAACAAAUCCAUAAAUAAUUUAAAUUUGGACCAAAUGAGGGAGGUGCUGAGGGUAAGGUCCAUACUGUUUAAUUCGAAAAUGCAUAUUUUUAAUAUUUUAGUCUAACAAAUGUUCUCCAGUUUACUUAACACCCAUUGGAGUCUAUUUCAGGGGAGACCAAAGGGACAAAAAUGGAUAAAGUCAACUCCUGUUGUUUAUAGUGAGGAAAAAUAUCAUCUUGUUUCCUAAUUGUCUGAGCCCCCACCUCAACAAAAACUUUCUGAAACUUCAAAUGUAAAGGCUUGACAUAUUUCUGCUUUUCACCAGCUGUGCCUUUACCUGGUGAUGUGACUGCCAUGAUCUGCAGGUCUAUGGGUUCGCAGUAAUCCAUCUGACACGAUAUAUCGUGUAUAUAACCUAAUGCUUGAAAAUCUGUUUUUCAUCUGGAAAGUGUGGAGAAGCUUAGCAAAUGUGACCAGAACCUCCUAGAGGUGAAAUCAAAGAAAGGUUGGGAGGUCAGUCAAGGACAAUCACAGUGUUAUACAUGUAUAUCAGACUUAAAGCAGCUUUCAGAAGAUGAAGGAUAAAAGAGGACAUUGAAAUAGUUUGGAAGCUGUUAAAGAUCCAUACCAAUCACAUAUUUUUAGGGGUGUAAUUUUCAUUUUUUCUUGAUUUGCUGGUCAACUUAAAACAUAAAAUAGCCAGUAGGCAAAUUCUUAGAAUCAUUUAUGAGAAUAAAGGAAAUUAACAGAUUCAUUUAGGUUGGUGAGUAAGGACACUCCGCAGCCACAACCCUUAAUCACUCAAUGGUUUACCCAUGCAGCACGCUUAACUCAUGUUCUCAGUCCAGAUUCAUCCCACUCAUCUUCCUUAUCCUCCUAUAUGAUACUUUUCCUUUGUCAUCCCACUCAUCCUCCUCAACCGUCUCUGGUACCUUUUCAUCCCUCUAAUCCCUUUUCGUCGAUCUUUACAAUCAUUGAAUAAUCCUCCUCAUUCACCUUUGUGACCCUCUUUUCUACUACUGAUCCUCUGCAUGCCACUUUACAAUGGUUUUUAUAUCCUGCUGGUCUUUUUCAUCCCUCUUAAAAUCUCAUCUUCAUUCUUAUAUCCCGCAUUACUCUUUGCAACCCAUUUUUAUCCCUCUUUACAGCCUGUUUUUACUCUACUCAUCCUCCAAAUCCUCCCAAAAUAUCAAUUUUCAUCAUAUUCUUCCCAAUAUGUGAUCCACUUUCAUCGUAUCAUUGUAAUUUUUAUUUCUCUUACGGUUUCACCUUCAUUCUCAUUUUCUUCAUCCCUCUUAUCAACCCAUUUGUUUUACAAAUUUUCCUCAUCAUCCCUCUUGACAACUGCUUUUCAUCCCACUCAUCAUCCACAGGCUUUUUUAUUACAUCUAUCAUUUUAAUCCCUUUUACUGUCUCAAUUUCAUUUUGAUCUUCCUCGUGCUUGUUGCAACUCACAAUUAUCCCACUCAUUUCCCUUUCUACCAAUAUAAUUUUCCUUAUUCAUCUUCCUAAUUAUUUUAAAUUAGAUGUUUUUUUUUUUUUUAGUUGACAGGAUCAUCUACUCCUAAAACAUCCCACACUGUCCUCUCCUUCCUCAGUUCCAAUCAUCCAUCAUCUGAGCCUGCUUGUCCAUGCAGAAUCCCGUGUGGUCAAUGGGCAAGAAGAUGGGGUGAUGCCUGGAAAGGUUGACAUCACAGGGUAGAAGAGAGACAUACAGGACAAAUGACCAUGCCUAUGGUAAUUUAGAAAGGCCAAUGGACCAGGCAUGCAUAUUUUUGGACUUUGGGAGGAAACUGGAGUAUCCAGUGAGAUGUCAUGCAUGCACAAGGAGAACAUGCAAGUGCAGAAAGAGCCCAGGUUGGGAUUUCAACCCAGGACUUUCUUGCUGCAAGGCAGUGGCACUAAAAACUGCCACUGUGCUCAAUUCAGGGCAGCACAGUAGCUCAGCUGGUAGCACUGUUGCCUUAUAGCAAGAAGGUCCUGAGUUCAAAUCCUGGCCUGGGCUCUUUCCGCAUAUUCUCCCUGUGCAUCCAUGGGUUCUCCCCAGUUACUCCAGCUUCCUCCCAAAGUCCAAAAACAUGACUAUAGGUCAAUUGGUUAUUCUAGUUUGCCUUUAAGUAUAGGUGUGUGUAUGGUAAUUUAUCCUGCAUUGGAGGGGCGAUUUGUCCAGGCUGCACCCUGUCUCUCACCCGAUGACUGCUGGAGACGGGCACCAGCUUCCCCUGCGACCCUGCAAGGACAAGCGGGUAUAAACGAUGGAUGAAUAGAUGUGCUCAAUUCAGUUUAUUCAUAAAUUGCUAGUUCAUAACAAGUGUUAUCUCAAGAUGCUUCCCAGAUGAAGCUCAAUCUUCUGAUCCAUCUACAUCCUUUCCCUCCUGACUUUGACUUUCCGCCCAAUAAACACACAUUGUUGUGGGAUGAGCCAAACAUUUAACUCCAAGAUACUACUUCUUUAAAUUGUGCUGUAAUCCCAUGUUUCAGGUCUAAACUGAACACUUUGUGAUUUCAGUAAAGCCUCUGUGAACUACCUCUGCCAAAUUUGGAGUUAAAAAAGCAAAUACACUGUUCACCAUUCUUUAAAUUAAAAUGAUUAUUUGUUAUGAAUUACAAACACUGCAUUCCACUGUUGUUUUUAGAGAUUUAAGGCUACUCUACCUUAUUCCUGUCUUCUUACUUGAACCAUAUAAUUGGUGGCCAUCAGCCCAUAUACCUUAUUGUGUUCUUACCUGAGCCAGACCCAAAGACUCUCUGUUUUUUGUUGCUAAAUUGUAGCAGAAUGGAAAACAUUUGCUGUACAUGAGGCUAGACUUGAAUUGGUACAAAAAAUCAGCUGGAUAUUUUCACAACGUCUCCUUUUCACAAUAAAGGGAAACUGUAACGUGAAAACAAUAAACCGGUCAAACAGCUUCCUCCUCCACUGUUCAGUGCUUUGAAUUAUGUCAUGACCGUGGUCACAAUGAGAUUUGUUGGGGAAACUGUGUCAGGGCUAAGCCAUUUGAAAUUAGAUUGUCACACAGUCGAGAUGAAAGUAUUCAUCCUGUAACAGGUUAAAACUGCUGACAUGCCAACAAGUGAGAUGAGAGAAAUGUAGACCAAGAGUUGAGAGCCAUGCUGGCUUUGUAAGAUGGAAUAUAAGACUCUUCCUAACUCUAAUCCAAGAGCGUGGUGCUUUUACAACAGGGGUGCCCAAGUCCAGAGCUACUAUCCUGCAACUUUUAGAUGCAUCCCUGCUCCAACACACCUGAAUCAAAUGCAUGGCUGUUUAACAGGCCUCUGAAGAGCUGAGUGACUGCUGAUGAGGGAAUUUAGCCAUUUGAUUCAGGUGUGAUGGAGAAGGGAUGCAUCCAGGAUUAUAGAUCUCAAGGACUGGGCAUUGGCACCCUUAUUUUAAAAGAUUCACGAAAAUCAAAACACUUUGUUUCAUUUCAGUGCUUCACAAGCAACUAGUCAGAACUCAGAUCUGGUAUAUAUGCCACACCAAAGCUGUGUACCUUCUAGCUGCAAGUGGAACAACCAGUAUGAUCUGUUAAUCAUUUCGGUGCUAACUGCUAUUAGCAAUGCAAGCCAAUAAUAAUGGAUCUUAAACAGUUCUCAUGGUUACAAUUCCCAUGGUAACUAUCGUCUUCAGAAAGGGGGAGGGAAAGUUCAAUCUUAUAGUACAACUAAAAUAAACAGAACAUUGACAUUUAUAUAAUUGCCAUUGUAACAAUGGCAAUUAUAUAAUUGAAGGGGUGGGGGGCACAGCUGAAGCACAGCAGAGUGGGAGGGGCUUAUGCAUUUUAAUGUUUUAGUUAAAACCAAAUUUAUGAUUAUGUAUCAGAUUAAGUUAAUAUCUGGUCUUCGUCAAUUUUUCUCAGAUCUGUACGUUGCUCAUUUUUCUUGCUUCUAAUGGCAGUGAGGACAAAUUGUUCACUUGCUGCCUAAUAUAUUUCACCUGUACCAAGUGCCAUAAUGAAGUGAUAAAAUGUGUAAUUCAUGUCGCCUGCAAGUGAUCAUAAUCUUAUGCCUGAUUGGUGUAAUCAAGCAUAAAGCCUUAUACCUGCAGUAUAGCCUGUGUAUAAACAUUGAGGAGUUGGUUGCCCUGCUAAAUGCUAUGCUAGGCUUAUCAAAUGCUAGCUGUAGGCUUACAUGCAGAACAUAUCAAUGUCACUUUUUCUAAUUGAACUAGUUUAUUAACCUACAGAACAUUGCAUUUAAACAAUUUCCUCUUCUAAUAUCUGUGAAGGUCAGAGGGUCAUGCCUGUAAUCCACUGUAAGUGUUGAAACAAUGCUAAAAACAUGCAGCCUGGAUAUAAGGCGGGGACAGAUAGGAUUGGUGGACUGACGUUUGUGUAAGUGGUGAUGGGUCAUGUGGAUUAACUGGGAUCAGAUACGCCUGUCUAAUCCAUCAGGGAAGGACGCAGCUGACCCAGAUUCACCUCUGACCCCAUCAGCAGGAAGUGAAUGUCUCCAGGCAGAGUCAAAGAUGCUGUGAAGUAAAGGUUAACAAGCAUCCGUCAACAAACAGCUACAAAGUUGAAGAGCAGAAGAACCAAACGGACCCCAAGCUGCACUUUUUAUUCCUGGAGAAUGUAUUGAAAAGUCUGAGUCCUUUUUCCUACAACUAUCACUGAAUUAAUCUAAAUACUUCAUGGAAUUUGAUGAUAGAACCUUUGAUUAUAUUGUAGAAAUAUUGAACUAGUUAGUUCUGAUGCUGAUUUUCUGAGAAGUUUAAAAUCCCCCAUCAUGGACAUGAAUCAAAUUACUUUUAGGCUUUUAAUUAUGUAUUUAGAAUUAAAAUAUGACUUUAUUACCAUCACUGCUGUGUUUACAUCUCUGCUGUUAUUUGCACAGCUAGUUUUUCUCAUGCACAAUUACAAAUGCAAUUUUUGUAAACUUUCAAAUCACAUUUUUCCCCCUUUUGAUUUAAUCUGAGAAUGCCGGUAUUUCCUUUUCUUAUGUUUUAAAUUUUUUUUCUUACCUGUACAGUCUACACUUACUAUUGAUUUUACGUUGCUGCUGACACACCUGAGUUUCCCCACUGUGGGACUAUAAAGCAUAUUUCUAUUUCUAUUCUA